AUGUCGUCAUCUAUCACGAUUCCAACUAGAAAUUCCAAUAAGGCUGCUGCUACAGCAAGCCCAAGUAGCUCCUCGUCAUAUUCAAGCUCUCCUACAACAUCACAACAAUCUCCAUCAUCAGCUGCUACUUCUCCAAAUACUCGAUAUGGAUAUGAUAGGAGAAGAAGUCUUUUGAGCACAGCACUUGCAAAGGAAGAACAUACUACAAUUAAUAUCGGGGACCCUGAUGGCACACCACGACUUAUCACUUGCGUGCGUUCUUCACAAGGGUUUGAUUGGAAUCCAGAAAUAUUCUUCCCCUCCUAUAUGGAAUCCGAUUUCGAAUCGCUCGAACGAAAGCGCGAGCCUGUUCUUGAAAUCAGGUUGAGCGAUGAGGAAAUCAAGCAAAUGUUCCCUCAAUAG